UGUGACAUGUGUUUUGUUUUGGACCGGCAGGUAGCAGCAAGGCGACCACUCGAAUUAAUAUCAAACUAAAGGAUUAAAAUGUUACGAACCCGCAACAUUUUAUUUAUUCAACGACGAUGGAAGGGUGGAAAACAACGUUGGUCGGUGGUGCAAAAGAAGAAGUCUGUUACAGAGCGUGUCCUAGAGAAUUUCGACGACUUCUAUGGAACAGUUUUUGGAGUACGAUGGAAUAAUAUUCGGGCUGCUCUUCUCUCCGAACAAAAAUAUAUUGCAAUGGUCAACAAUUUCGGUGAUAUCGAAAAAACAUGCCAUAUUUUAGAAUCAACUGGAGCAAUAAAUGUUAAAUCUCUUUUUUCCUUGGCAAAAGAAAGAAGUGAAAUUGAAAAUGCCGUCCUUACACCAAAUCAAACAAUUUACAAAUUAGAUGAACGUGUUCGGGGAAUAUUAAAAAAACAAGAAGACCAAGAAAAGCAAUCCGUUUACCCCGAAAGCAUUGAUAAGGAAGACAAAGUUAAUCAUAAUAAUCCUUUUAAUUCAAAAAAUAAAUCAACAGAGGCCAACAAUGGAACCAACACAAAUAAAUCACUUGAAGGAGCAAUUCAGACAAACACUGAACUUGAUACUCGAAGAAUUGUUGAUACUGAAAGUGAUUCCGGUGGUCUCUAUGAUUAUGUUCCAGCAACUAAAAUCAAGGGCAUGGAAGAUUGGGUUCCAGAAUCGAAUUACUAUAAAUAUUACCAAACCACCACAGAUUUCCCUCUGAAGAUCGAACUUGAAACGAAAUUAGCAUAUCCUGACAGUCUUUGCCUCUACACUUAUGAAAUGGGAAAUUGUACAAAAUUUAAGUCGCCAUUUAAAUGUGUCACUGGUGUGCUCUCACAUUAUCUAAUGGAUGGAUCGUCAAUAUUGCCGCCUCUAUUCUUAGACGUACAACCUGGAGAAAGAGUUCUUGAUGCAUGCGCUGCACCAGGCGGAAAAUCCCUCCUUAUGCUUGAGACAAUGCAUCCAGAUAUUCUUGUGUGUAACGACUUACAAGAGAGUAGAGUUAACCGAAUUCGAAAGGUAAUGAAUGAAUACCUCAUUGAUUUCAACAACUUGUGGUCUGGUAAGCGUUGUUUGUUGACACAAUGGGACGCUCGUGCAAUUGAAGACUAUGAAAUGUACGACAAAAUUUUGGUCGAUGUCCCAUGUACAACCGAUCGACAUUCUCUGCACGAAAAUGACAAUAAUAUCUUCAGAACUUCGCGACUAAAGGAACGCUUGAGAAUUCCAGAGCUUCAAGCCGCUAUUCUGACAAAUUGUAUACGACUUUUAAAACCAGGUGGAAGCCUUGUCUACUCAACUUGUAGUCUUAGUCCAAUCCAAAAUGAUGGUGUGGUACAUAUGGCGAUGCAAGGAGCAUUCAAUGAACAUGGAAUAACCGUUACAGUGAAAGAUUUAAGUUUGUUAAUUCAACUGUUUAGUGAUAUAUUCAAAUUUGAAAAUCCCAAAGGUUUGAAAUAUGGACAAAUGGUCAUACCGUUUUUACCUGCUAAUUUCGGACCGUCAUAUUUUUGUAAAAUUACAAGAAACUAAAUAUGUUAAUUUAUUUAUUAAAGUUUUCGUUAAAAAUAA